AAAAUUUUCCUCAAGAAAGAAUUGGUCACAUUUAUUUGACCAAGAACAUCAGAGAAGAAACCUCACCAAGCCAGGGAGAACUAUUCAAAUCUUCCAUAGAAACACAGAAAAAGUCUUAGAUCAUCUCUCUGAACUUUUCCAUGAAGUUAGUUUGAACAUGAACAUUUCUAAAGGGAAUGUAAUAUAUAUAAAUCCCUUAAGAUAUGAAGCAAUAAUCAAAACUCAAAAACUCCCUUGCUCUUCAUCAAAACAUGAAUCAAGAACUCUUAGCAAAUCUACCUUCAGAUAUCGUCAUUGAUGUUCUCUCAAGACUUCCAAUUCGAGCGAUCAUAAGUUGCAAAUGCGUGUGCAAGUCAUGGCUCAAUCUACUCAACACUGCAGAGUUUAUCAACUAUCAUCAUUCUAAAUCAACCCCGGGGAUAGCCGUGCUUCAAUACCAAAUGCGCGGGGAUUUUCUCACGCUAUUUGAAAUCAAAGAUGAGUUAGAACCUGAUGAACAUCAUGAGCUUCACUACAUACCUAUCACACAAUUAUACAUCGACGAUGUAGUAAAAAUCUCCUACAGUAUAACACUGGAGGGUUCAACUAAUGGUUUGCUUCUCUUGCGAGAAAUCAGCAACAAACCUGAUUCUCUCUACAUAUGCAAUCCAAUCACUCGCGAGUAUACCAAAAUUUCAAGCCCGGAAAACACAAAAAGAAGCUAUCCUACUGUAGUUACAUAUGGUUUUGGAGUAAGCUCAGUAACAGGCCAUCAUAAGGUAGUUUGGAUUUCCCAUGACUGUAUACGUGAUCGUGAAACACAUAAAUUGCUUAGCAUUCCGAGAAUCGAGUGUUGUGUAUACACACUCGAGACAGGAUCAUGGAGAAGCAUUUCACCAGGGGAGCCAAUGGAAUACACUUUUCUUACCAAUGGGGGGCUUCUGAAUGGUCGUUUUCAUUGCCUUGUGAGAGAUUUGAAGGGCUCUUUCUUCAUUUCCUGUCUGGAUCUUGAAACAGAAGUUUUUACAACCUUUUCUUCUCCAUGUCCUCUUCCCGGAAGUCGAACCAAUCUAGUGGGACUUGCUGUUCUGGAAAGCUGCCUCUGCCUGUGUGAUAAUACAUCAAACAAUGAAAUAGUGAUUUGGAUUAUGAAGGAGUAUGGAGUGGAGAAAUCAUGGAGGAAAGAAUUUGUGAUCAGCAAGAUUCCUAAUCAUAUUGGUGAAACUUAUGAAGCUGUUCAUCCAAUCAAGAUUUUCAAAGAUGGUGACAUCCUGAUGUGCUGGUGGGACUUUCACAUGUUGUACUACUGUAAUAAGACUAAAGUCACUCAGUCGAUAUCGGUGUUUACGCCGCAGUCGGAGGAAUGUUUGGAUGGAAUGCUCUACUCUCCAUCGUUUCUUUCACUAAAGAGUCGACUAAAAGAGGAUGCAGUUGUGAGCACAUACUGAUAUGCAUUUUAGAGUAUCAAUCAUGGUGAAUCAAUAUGUUUUUCAGUAUGGUUUUUGUCUUCCCAUGUUUUUAUUUUAGUAGCAUCAAUAUCGAUCUUGUCCCCAUGUAAGGGUUCUUUCAAUUAUACUGAAUUGCUUUAGGUAACCAUAAAAGCAAAUCAGCAUAUAUCUUCUAACAGAACAUAUUUUGCCUUGCAUUUAGGCAAAGAAAAAUUUCGUCCACCAAAAAGACCAACCCUCAAAGACUGAGUCUUCGACAAAAAGACCAAGUCUUGGAUCAUCUCUUAACUUAUCCACCAAGUAAUUAUAAACUUGAGCAUUUCCCUU